AAGAGAUGCUUACUUAUAAAUCUGAUCAUAUUAGAGCUCGCCAAGAAGUACUUGGUACCACUAUCAUUGGAGGAACAAUACCUAAACCAGAAGAUGCUCCAGAAUCUUUUCGAUUACUUGUUCGAGAACUACGAUCUUUGGCUCUGGAACUGAAUCAUUUCCUUGUAUCUGAGAAGAAUUUCCAGAUUAAUAGGAAGGAAGUUUAAUCGGAAUGAAUCACAAAAUUUUUUAUAUGAUCGAUCGGUAUAAACAUCAACAACUCCGAAUUGGAUUAGUUUCUCCUCAGCAAAUAAGUGCUUGGGCCACUAAAAAAAUACCUAAUGGAGAGAUAGUUGGAGAGGUGACAAAACCCUAUACUUUUCAUUACAAAACCAAUAAACCGGAAAAAGAUGGAUUAUUUUGUGAAAGGAUUUUUGGGCCUAUAAAGAGUGGAAUUUGCGCUUGUGGAAAUUAUCGAGUGAUCGGAGAUGAAAAAGAAGACUCGCAAUUUUGUGAACAAUGUGGAGUUGAAUUUGUUGAUUCUCGGAUACGAAGAUAUCAAAUGGGAUACAUAAAACUGACAUGUCCUGUAACUCAUGUAUGGUAUUUGAAACGUCUUCCUAGUUAUAUUGCGAAUCUUUUAGAUAAACCUCUUAAAGAAUUAGAAGGUCUAGUAUACUGCGAUGUGUGAUUUGAUCGAAAUUUUUAUUUUUAAGAAUGAUAAACUCUCAUCCCCUUCAAUCAAUUUGGGAUGCCCUCGAUCUGACAUGUCUCUUGAAAAGAGUAACAUGAAGCUCAGACUUGUGGGUGUAUUCAAUACUCCCAAAUAACAAGGGCGAUUGGUCUAUGGUCGAUUCAGUAAAAAAAAAGUACUUCAAAUUGAUAGUCGUACCUCGUGAAAAGAAAGAUUUUUUUUGUCGAAUUAAGCAUUCCCUUAUCUUUCUAAACGAAAAGAAAUUUGGUUUUUUAUAUUGAAGUAAACAAAUAUGUCAUGGUUGGAGAAGUCUAUACAUCGCAUAUAAGCUUUAAGAAUAUUGUGGCAUAACCAUCGAGGUAACGCAGGACCUAAAAGAUCGAAUGGAACAAUACAUAGACAAAUAAAUCCCGUAUGAAUUCUAAGGCAUUCCUUUCACUUAAGGUAAAAAGUAUUCCGGCAUUCGAAGGGAAGUAGACUACUCAAGAAUUUGACAUUUUUUUCUGUCGUAAUUUUGAAUUCACUAAAGAAUCUAAAUAGAAAUCAAAGAAGAAUUAAUUGAAUCAAUGAAAUGGUGGUUGGUUUGCACUGAGAACUUGAGUAAGGCGUAGAUUCUUUUUGGGUUUUCACUUGAUUUUAUAAAAUACAAUUGGAAAGUGCGACCCCUUUCUUUAUCUUUAUUUGAUAUAACUACUUGAGCCGGAUGAGAGGAAACUUUCAUGUCCGGUUUUGAGGGGGGGAGAUCAUAUAGUGGACCCUAUCCCAAUUUUUCUUUUGCUAGGCCCAUAACGAAAAAACCUACUUUCUUACGAUUACGAGGUUCAUUUGAAUAUGAAAUUCAAUCCUGGAAAUACAGCAUCCCACUUUUUUUACUACUCAAGGUUUCGAUAUAUUUAGAAAUCGAGAAAUUUCUACUGGGGCGGGUGCUAUCCGAGAACAAUUAGCCGAUUUAGAUUUGCGAAUUAUUAUAGAAAAUUCGUUGGUAGAAUGGAAACAAUUAGGAGAAGAAGGUCCCACGGGGAAUGAAUGGGAAGAUCGAAAAAUUGUAAGAAGAAAAGAUUUUUUAGUUAGACGUAUGGAAUUAGCUAAGCAUUUUAUUCGAACAAAUAUAGAACCGGAAUGGAUGAUUUUAUGUCUCUUACCGGUUCUGCCUCCCGAGUUGAGACCCAUCAUUCAGAUAGAAGGGGGUAAACUGAUGAGUUCAGAUAUUAAUGAACUCUAUAGAAGAGUUAUCUAUCGGAACAAUACUCUUACUGAUCUAUUAACAACAAGUAGAUCUACACCAGGGGAAUUAGUAAUGUGUCAGGAAAAAUUGGUACAAGAAGCCGUGGAUACACUUCUUGAUAAUGGAAUCCGUGGACAACCCAUGAGGGAUGGUCAUAAUAAGGUUUACAAGUCAUUUUCAGAUGUAAUUGAAGGAAAAGAGGGAAGAUUUCGCGAGACUCUGCUUGGCAAACGGGUCGAUUAUUCGGGGCGUUCGGUGAUUGUCGUUGGACCCUCACUUUCAUUACAUCGCUGUGGAUUGCCUCGCGAAAUAGCAAUAGAGCUCUUCCAGACAUUUGUAAUUCGUGGUCUAAUUAGACAACAUCUGGCUUCGAACAUAGGAGUUGCUAAGAGUCAAAUUCGUGAAAAAAAGCCGAUUGUCUGGGAAAUCCUUCAAGAAGUUAUGCAGGGGCAUCCCGUAUUACUGAAUAGAGCACCUACUCUACAUAGAUUAGGCAUACAGUCAUUCCAACCCAUUUUAGUGGAAGGACGCACUAUUUGUUUACAUCCAUUAGUUUGUAAGGGGUUCAAUGCAGACUUUGAUGGGGAUCAAAUGGCUGUUCAUGUGCCUUUAUCUUUAGAAGCUCAAGCAGAGGCUCGUUUACUUAUGUUUUCUCAUAUGAAUCUCUUAUCUCCAGCUAUUGGAGAUCCCAUUUCUGUACCGACUCAAGAUAUGCUGAUUGGACUCUAUGUAUUAACGAGCGGCACUCGUCGAGGUAUUUGUGCAAACAGAUAUAAUCCAUGUAAUCGAAAAAACUAUCAAAAUGAAAGAAUUUACGAAACAAACUAUAAGUAUAUGAAAGAACCCUUUUUUGCAAUUCCUAUGAUGCAAUUGGAGCUUAUCGGCAGAAAAGAAUCAAUUUAGAUAGUCCUUUGUGGCUUCGGUGGCAAUUAGAUCAACGCGUUAUUGCUUCAAAAGAAGUUCCUAUCGAAGUUCACUAUGAAUCUUUUGGUAACUAUCAUGAGAUUUAUGCACACUAUCUGAUAGUAAGAAGUGUAAAAAAACAAACUUUUGUAUAUAUAUUCGAACCACAGUUGGUCAUAUUUCUUUUUAUCGAGAAAUCGAGGAAGCUAUACAAGGUUUUUCUCAAGCUUGUUCAUAUGAUACCUAAUAAUAUGGUAUUCAUAAAAAAAGAAUUAUAGGACACCCGUGUGAAUUCGGACCUCUCCGAGUCAACUCGGACAUAGUUCCUGACCUAAAAAAUCAAGAUCGAGAAAAGGAAGUUUUGCAAUCAUUGACUCAAACUCAUUGUCGAAUCCCAUUCAGCAGAAUAUGGAGGUACUUAUGGCGGAACGGGCCAAUCUGGUAUUUCACAAUAAAGUGAUAGAUGGAACUGCUAUUAAACGACUUAUUAGCCGAUUAAUAGAUCACUUCGGGAUGGCAUAUACAUCACACAUCCUAGAUCAAGUAAAGACUCUGGGUUUCCAGCAAGCAACUGCUACAUCCAUUUCAUUAGGAAUUGAUGAUCUUUUAACGAUACCUUCUAAGGGCUGGCUUGUCCAAGAUGCUGAACAACAAAGUUUGAUUUUGGAAAAACACCAUCAUUAUGGGAAUGUACAUGCGGUAGAAAAAUUACGCCAAUCUAUUGAGAUAUGGUAUGCUACAAGUGAAUAUUUGCGACAGGAAA